AUGUUGCGAUUUUUCAAGACAACGCAAGUGGACAAGUCGACCGCUAAAACGGAAGACAGUCAGAAGAGAACAGUAGGAAAUAAAGACGCCGCAAAAACAGCUGCAUCCGAGGAAAGUGCUGAAGAAAAAAGGCCCGUAUCAUUUGUGCUGGAGUUCAAACAAGCUGAACCGAAGAGGGCACCGUCCAGGUUGUCAGCCGACUCCAGGGGCCGGAAGAAAACACAGGCACUGGUUGAGUACACUGACGACGAGGCCAUGUUGAUAGCGGAUAUUCUGCGAGAAUCUCACAUAGACGAGAAAAAGAAGGCUAGCAGUACCGACAUCAAACUGUACGAUGCCUCUCGCAGACGAAUGUGCUUGAACCACAUCAAAGAGCAAGCGACCAAGAGCAAUAUUUGUCUGCCAACUGCCGACAUCAGUGAACGACGCCAAAGGGUCAAAGAGAUGGCUAUAGCAGCAAGACGACGGGCAGUGGAAGAGAGGGGAAGUAACAAGCCCCUGGCAGUGGCAUGUUCGAUUGACAGAUGAAUACAUAGACGAAACUUCCAAAACAAGCGCUACGUGAGAAAAUAACCGAAUGGUUUUCGGACUGUUCAAUGCAAGAUAAAAAAUUGAUACCGGUUUCAUGUCCAUACAAACACAGCAUAUACACGAACGGCUUAAAAUAUAUAAGUCUAAUUGUAGCUAGACUAUAAUUUGUGUCGGAUUCGUGUCACAAAGAUCAGCAGUAAGUGGACAAUAUAAGCUGCCUUAAUAUGUUGGAUUAACUCUUGUGCGACUUGGGUGGCCGCGUAUGCGCACUUUAGUAAAUAAAUUCUUGUAAACAGA